UUGAGAGACAGCACUGUUCAUGAUGAUGGAGAUGAUAAUGGAGAUGAGGAAGAAUUAGAUCUUAUGUGACUGUUAAACUUAUUGAACAUUGCUAGUUAUUUAUAUUUGAAAACAAUUCUAUAGUUUUAUUUUGUUCUCUUUCUUUAUCAUUGUUUUUGUUAAUUUAAUUGAUUGUUUGAAGAAUGAAUAAUGCGUUUUUAAUUUAACUAUGUGAUUUUCAUAUGUGGCUACAAAAUAUUUAUUCACUAUAUGUUACAUUUAGUCACUACCAAGAUAGCAACGCAAUAAAGGUGAAUUCACAAUUUUUUUUUUUGUUAAUUUUCUUUAAGUAUUUUGUUCAUUUGCAAAUAAUUUAUUUGGAUCAUUCUAAGUUUACAAUUUGAUUUGUCUAUUUUACUUGAAUCAUGCUAGGAUUCAUCUAUAAAGCAAAAAGCCUAUGGACCCAUAUCUUCAGUUUCGCUUGGGCAAUGUUGGUGAGUUUAGUGAGUCAACUCCAUCUGAGAUACAUCCAAAUUCUAGCCAACCCAAUGAUAAUGCAGAUGGUGCUAAUGGAAAAAAGAAAACUAGAGGUCCCAUGCAAAUGCGUAAUAUUUGGGGUACUCGUGAUGAUGAGCGCCUAACAGUCAAUUGGAACAAACUCGACCAACCUGAUGGCAAAUUGGCAACAAAGUUAUCAUCGUUCAUUGGAACUAUUGUGCGUGAUGGGAAAAAUGCGCCGCUCACUUACAAGAAUUGGCAUAAAGUCCCAGAACAUUACAAAGAUCACAUAUGGGCACUUGUACAGGUGUAGACACCCCAUUUUUGACCGUCCUUAAGACUUGGACGCGACUGAUGGUUUACUUGAUGGAGAAAGGUAUGCAGGGCAAAUGUUCAGUUUCUUCGGCAAAAAGAGAGUCAAAU